GUUUUGGGGAAAACCCAACUUCAUCAUUGUUGUUAGGUCUGCUAUCCUAACGAUGUUUCACAAUUUUCAAGCACACCAUCAUCCUAAUCCUGUCCUCAAGUGGCCGCCUCCCUAACUUCCCCGCACUAGCAUUUGAAAAUUUUGCAAUUGCAGUCGCAGCCUAUGAAACAAAGUCAUGUGUAUCUCCUCCUCCACUUCUGCACCUCUUAUUUAACUCAGUUCAUAUGUAACACAUACAGAUGCAGCCCUCAAAUAUGGAGAUGCAAGCUAUGGACAGGACCAGGACCCAUCAACCAUGUGCUGCUUGCAGGACACUGCGCCGGAGAUGUGACGAAAAUUGUAUACUUGGACCGUAUUUUCCGAGUGAUGAGAUCGAGAAAUUUGCCAGCGUGCAUAAGAUCUUUGGAGCUAGCAAUGUUAUCAAGAUGAUUCAGAUGGUGGAGGAGACAAAGAGGGAGGACACGGUGAAGGCUUUAGUCUAUGAAGCAACAGCAAGGCUCAGGGACCCUGUGUAUGGUACCACCAGAACCAUUUUCCACUUGCAGAAAAUGGCGGAGGAACUGAAAACUCAAUUAGAUUCAACCAGGGCCAAAGUUUUUGAGUUGCAGCAACAAAAAGAUGAGAUACUGGGCGUUCUAUACCACACACAUGAUCCAUUGUAUUACGAUGCCAGUUUGCAAUUGAAUUAUGAUACUGUUACGAACAUGCUUUACAUCGACAGCUAAACUUCUUACUGUAUUUGAUUUUGUUUCAUGAAAAAUGGUUAACAUCAAAUCUUCUUUUAUAGAAGAUUUGACUUUAGUGUUUUAUUAGCUUUAAAAUUAUGAUUUUUUUUUUUCCAAAAAUAAAUGUAAUUGGAGCACCGUACAUGAAAUAAAUUGCGUUUUUUUAC